AUGGGUGAUUUACCCUCGCCCAGAGUUCAACCAUCAAGACCUUUUGCAGUCACCGGUGUUGAUUAUGCUGGUCCAUAUUCUAUUAAGUCCCAAGUUGGGAGAAGAACAAAAACUUUCAAGUGUUAUGUAUCCAUUUUUGUGUGUUUCUCAACAAAAGCUGUACACUUGGAGUUAGUCAGUGAUCUAUCAACUUCAACGUUUUUAGCAGCUCUAAAAAGAUUUAUCGCCCGACGAGGCAAACCAUCUAAAAUUUCGAGUGACUGUGCUACUAACUUCAAAGGUGCUAGUAAGGAACUGAAGAUUUAUAAAAAUGCAGCACGCAUUGAGAAAAGCAGUGAAUUAUGUGACUACAUUACCUCAGAAGGUAUAACUUGGUUAUUUAAUCCUCCGACAUCUCCUCACUACGGUGGCUUGUGGGAAUCUAAUGUGAAAUCCAUGAAAUUUCAUCUUAAACGAGUAUUAGGAUCCACACUUCUAACUUACGAGGAAUUUUUAACAGUGCUUACACAAGUGGAAGCGUGUAUGAAUUCCCGUCCUCUUUGUGCGAUGUCUAGUGAUCCAAACGACUUUAGUGCAUUGACUCCAGGUCAUUUUCUGAUUGGAGCCCCUUUGCUUGCCAUUCCGGAAUCUGACUUGAGUGAUGUGAAAUCUUCACGACUUAAACGUUGGUCUCUAGUUCAACAGACUGUGCAACAUUUUUGGAAACGAUGGUGUGCAGAAUAUUUAACAACACUUCAACAACGUGCUAAGUGGUUUCGUGCGUCUCCAAAUCUAAAAUGUGGUGAUUUAGUUCUGAUCAAAAACGAACAACUGCCUCCAAACCAAUGGAAAAUUGGAAGAAUUGCCUUAAUUCAUCCAGGUAGUGAUAAAAAAGUUCGAGUGGCUACAAUCCAUACAGCCGCUGGUGAUUUCAAACGAGCUGUUACUAAAUUGUGUCUUAUCCCCAAUCAUGACUAA